AUGAGUUCGCUUUCAUCUCUUAAUUACACUGAUAUUAUUGAAAGUUGUUAUUCAGAAGAUGGUAAAAACCUCACUAAAGUCAAUGAUACAUCACCACACCUCAGGAUAUCAGCUAAAUGCGAAUUAAUACAAGACAAAUGCUUUUACCAACUAAAUUCAUUAAUUUCGUUUUCAUUUGAAGAUAAUCCAAACUUAACAAUUAUUGGAAAAGAAAGUUUUUAUUUUUGCACAAAACUGUCUAUUAUUAAUUUAUCAAUCUGCAAUAAACUUACAAAAAUAUCAAAUUCUGCAUUUUAUAAUUGUGAAGAGGUUACAGAAAUUCUUUUGCCAAAAGGGCUAAUUGAAAUAAAUGUAGCUGCAUUUCGAUAUAAUAUAAAAUUGGAUCACAUCACGAUUCCAGCAUCAGUGGAAAAAAUUGAAUCACAAGCUUUUGAUACCUGUUUUGAAUUAACAUAUGUUAUUUUCGAAGAAGGUUCCAAUUUAACCUCAUUAGAGAGAACAGCAUUUUAUUAUACCAAUAUUUCUUCGUUUCAAAUUCCAGAAAAAGUCGCAUAUGUUCAUGGUUGGGUAUUUUCAAAUGA